GGGUACAGUUUCACUGACAGUCAGUCAUAUCCACCUAUUAUCACCCAUCCAUCUGAUCAGACUCCCGCAUAUCAGCGCCUUAUCCAUGCCUGUUUCUUGCCAGGUGGGUUCUUCAUUGAUAAGUGGGGAACGGUGACAUCCUCACUGGCCUUCCUGCUUUCCUGAGAAGGUGAAGCAGCCUUCUUAUUAUCACCGUUAGCCGCUAUGAGACGACUAACGGGAAAGGCGAAGGAGGAAACUUUGAUCGAGCUGCACAGCGCCUCGGAUUCUCAGCUCACAGAUGGUCCUGCUGUGCUGACUGCAUUCAGGAUAAACUUACCCUCAGAUGAAGGCAGCGGUAAUGGGGUCAAUUCAUUAUCAGAACGAGCUUCACUGCCUGGACAUUCGGAAACUGAAAGGCUGCGACCAAACAGAGACACGGUGUUCUUCAGGGACGGUGUGCGCAGAAUAGACUUUGUUUUGUCUUAUGUAGAUGACAAAGAUGAGAGGAAACAGGAAAGGAGAAAGACCUUUGAGGCUAACCUUGCAAAUGAAGGUCUGCAUCUGGAAACAGAGGACAAAUCGGAGUCCAAAGAUCAGAAGACAUACUUUUUGAAGAUCCACGCUCCAUGGGAAGUUCUCGCCAAACAUGCUGAUAUCCUGAAAAUUAAAGUCCCCUUCAAAGAGAGUGACAUACAGCAUGGUCAGGACGUCCAUCUGGACUGGCUGUCCUGCCCUUUCCGCCUGCCUGACCACAUCAUGCAUCCACAGACGGACUACUUUACAUGCCCCUUUGACAAGAAUAAGGAGGACUUCUUCCUAAUCAACGACAAAGACACUUUCUUUCCUCCAUCUAUGAGAAACAGAAUUGUGUUUUAUAUCCUAGGUCGUGUCCCGUACUACAGCGAGGGCCGGACCGACAAAGAGAAGACGGGUAUCAAACGAUUACUCAGCAAUGGGACCUACACUGCAGCCUUCCCCCUCCACGAUUGUCGAUACUGGAAAGCAGCAAGAGAUGCAGAGUGUGAGAGUGAGCGCUUCAACCUGUACAAGCACUGGGCGAGGUUUCUCUGCUUUUACAAAGAGCAGCCUCUAAACCUUAUCAAGAAGUAUUAUGGAGAAAAAAUUGGGAUCUAUUUUGCUUGGCUUGGGUUCUACACUGAGAUGCUGUUCUUUGCAGCUGUCAUGGGUGUUAUAUGUUUCACCUAUGGAUUGCUCAGCUAUGACGACAACAAAUCAAGUGCAGAAAUCUGUGAUCCAGAAAUCGGUGGCAGUAUAUUGAUGUGCCCCCUCUGUGACAAAAAGUGUCCUUUUUGGAAGCUCAACACCACCUGUCUCUCAUCCUGGCAAUCCCAUCUCUUUGACAACGAGGGAACAAUAUUCUUUGCCAUAUUUAUGGGGAUUUGGGUAACUCUGUUCUUGGAGUUCUGGAAGCGACGUCAGGCUCGACUCGAGUACGAAUGGGAUCUGGUGGAUUUCGAGGAGGAACAGCAGCAGCUUCAAAUUCGCCCAGAGUUUGAAAUCAAAUGCACAAAGAGGAGAAAAAACAAGAUCACACAGGAAAUGGAGCCAUAUCUUCCCGUCACAAGCAAGUGUGCACGUUUCUGCUUCUCAGGAGCCACUGUCAUACUCUGGAUUUCUUUGAUCGUGGCCUGUAUCAUUGGGGUGAUAGCGUACAGGCUGGCUGUAUAUGCAGCCUUCGCAAGCAUCAUUAAGGAUCCAUUGAGAAAGAUCCAACUGGUUGGGAGAUUUAUCAACCCACAGCUCGCCACGUCUGUCACUGCUUCCUGCAUUAAUUUUGCCAUCAUCAUGAUCCUGAACUUUUUUUACGAAAGAGUUGCCAUCUGGAUCACUGAUAUGGAAAUCCCCAAAACUCACCUGGAAUAUGAGAACCGGUUGACUAUCAAGAUGUUUCUGUUCCAGUUUGUUAACUACUACUCAUCCUGCUUCUACGUGGCCUUUUUUAAAGGGAAAUUUGUUGGUUAUCCAGGGAAGUAUUCCUACAUGUUUGGAAAUAUGACCAAACUGAGGAAUGAAGAGUGUGAUCCUGGUGGCUGCCUGAUAGAGCUGACCACUCAGCUGGUGAUCGUCAUGGCUGGGAAACAGUUGUGGGGGAACAUACAGGAGGCUCUGCUGCCGUUGAUGCGCAACUGGUGGAGCAGCAGAAGGGGAAGACACAACCAUGAAAACCAUAUUAGCCGCUGGGAGCAGGACUAUGUUCUGCUCAACUUCAGCCAGAUCGGCCUUUUUUAUGAGUACCUUGAGAUGGUGAUCCAGUUUGGAUUCAUCACUUUGUUUGUGGCCUCCUUCCCCUUGGCCCCCCUCCUUGCCCUGUUUAACAACAUCCUGGAAAUUAGAGUUGACGCCUGGAAGUUUACCACCCAGUUCAGGCGACCGGUGGCAUCCAAGGCCCGAAACAUCGGAGCAUGGCAGGAGAUCCUCAAUUCAGUGGCCAUUUUGUCUGUUGUCACCAAUGCUUUUAUCAUGGCGUUUACUUCAGACAUGAUCCCACGUAUGGUAUACCUGUAUGCCUACAGUAAAGACUCCAGUAUGAGCGGCUAUAUCAACAACAGCCUGUCAGUGUACAACAUUUCACAGAUGCACCCAGACAACAUGCCUGAGGACUACUGGCAUGAUAACUCCACCACCACAUGCAGAUAUCGAGACUAUCGUUACCCUCCAGGCCAUGAGAAGCAAUACAACCACACCAUGCAGUUUUGGCAUAUCUUGGCAGCCAAAAUGGCCUUUAUUAUUAUCAUGGAGCAUGUGGUCUUUGUGGUGAAGUUCUUUGUCGCUUGGCUUAUACCGGACGUCCCGUCAGAUGUGAAGGCAAGAAUCAAAAGGGAACGUUAUCUGGUCCACAAUUACCUCUACAACUAUGAAGUGCAGAAAGCUACAGCUGGGUGCCAGCUGCCUCAUUCGGGAACAUCCCUCACAUCCCUGGACGAACAUGAAGUGGUUUCUGAGAGUUCGUAACCUGAAUCAAACAAUCUGAAAGAAUAAUAAUUCCCUCAGAAGCAUAAAAGUCAGUUUUCUUUCAAUACAGAUGAGCCUUGAUAACUUUGAGUGCUGCGAUAAUGUGGAUAUUGUUUUAUUUUGCUUUUAUGUAACAUCUUUAUGAAAUGAUCAGAAAUAUUUGGAGGUGGUCUGAAUAGAAAUCAGAAACAAAGAAAAGGAUCCUGUACCUUACUUUUCUUCUUUUCUUUGAAAUAUCCUCUUAAAGCCUUAAAGCUUUCCAUGUUUAUGUGAAAGUAAACCCAAUAUGGGCUAGUAAAAGUUCUAUGUAUAGUAUAAACACUUUUAAGGAUGUGGUUAUGAUGUCCCUAUUUUUACGCAUUUUCUGCAAUGUAACAUAAAGGAUUUAUUUAUUAAAGAAGAAAAUUCUUUUUUGAAUGAAAUGGGAUCGGACAUUUAAAUAUAAAUGUAGUAAACACUGAGUACUUAUCCACUCUUUUUCCUUUCAUACUGGUAGCUGCAUAUUUGUCAGUAGCUCUGAUCUAAAUAGAGCUAUAAGAGUUUGAUUGUUAUGGUAUUUGUAUUUAGGUAAAUCUAAACAGUGCAUUGAAAAAACCAAGUACCUCACUGUGGCGAUACCAACAAUCAGAAGUGAUUUAUUUCUCUGAUUAGGAGCUGCAGGCUUGCAAUCUAACUUUCACGUUUGUUAUCAGCUUCUAUAGGGACCACAAACAACUGCCAAAAGAAACCUUUCGAAAUGUUUGCAGAUCGAUACAAAUAUCAGUUCUUCGAGUUUAGGUAAAAUAUUUUUAUUUCUAUGUAAAUAAAUGUAUGCACACUGUAAAUCUCAUUGUUUCUGUGGAAUUGAACAGUUAAAAGAUUUGCUUAGAAAAAACAAAACCUUUUAGUAAUCUACCUGGUAUAUAAACGUUAUUCAUUUUGUUUAACAUUACAUUAUUAAGCUUUUGGUGUUAAAUUACUCCAGGUUACACUAUUAUGAUUUUUGCAAGGUAUUGUAGAUACAAUAACAAAUUGCAAACAGUUUUUUAUAUAGUUUGGCUGCAUUCAGUUCUUUGUAUUGUGUUAUUGUCUUAUCUGAUUUGUUGGUGUCUCAAUAUUCUUCUUUUCUCUAGAAAUUGCCAUAAAACAGUGUCCUUAUCCAACAUUACCCCUUCUUCCCUAUGAGUGUUAUUUUUCAGCAUUUCUUUUAAAAAUAUUUUUUUUAUCUAUCUGGAACCAGUUAGGAUUAAAAAGCUGUGCUUUAUGAAGCCAUCGGAUCGCAAAGCAGUUUACAUUAUUUAAAAAAAAAAAUAAAUGUAUGCUAUUGUAAAUGUUUGGAUCUGUGUGUUUAUAAUUCAAAUAUCGUUCAUUGGCCUUUUAUUUUUGUUAUGAACAGGUAUUACAUUGGCAGCGUACAUCUAGCCUCUUUAGUCUCAUGUUUAAAAGCAAUCAACUUCUUGCUGAUUAUCACUUGCUAUGCACAGAUACAUCAUAUAAACUUAAUUAUGCAUGUGGCAUCGUGGCUUCCCAAACAAUAAAAUGCCUUAAACAUAUGUGUUUACAUGUUUUAUGUGUUUAUAAUGAAACAUUUGUUUAAUGUAUUGUAUGAUGCUAUUUGUUGCAGUUGGUUACUGCUUGCAGUCUUCCCACUUUUACUGCAUAUUGUCAAAGUGUAAAUUUUGUUUUUUUUUUCUUUUUAGUUUCUAUAACUUAUUAAAUAUGAACAUAAUCUC